AUGACAUCAAGAAGAGCAUUAACCGAAGCUGAACUUCUCGAUAUGAUUGGAAAUAUGUCUGAUAUUGAAGCAUUGAGUGACGAAGAAGAAUAUGAGGAAACGAGGAACGAAGGUUUAGAUUCAGAUGAAGAGUUACAGGAUGAGGAUAAAGAGCGUAAAAGUGAACAAAAUGCUAAAGAAUGCGAGACAAGCAAAGAGACUGAAGAAUGGUUAACGAAAUUAAUAAAAGACAAAUAUUUCUAUCCUAGAGACGUAAAAUAUACAAUUGUUAGCGAAGAUGGCGCUUCGAUAUAUUCAUGUAGUCCUGAAGCAAAAAAGGAAUUUAAUGAUAUGGAUACAAAUAUAAUUAGUGCAGUUUCACUGGCAAGGAGAAUUCAAGAUCCCAUGGCUGAAUUAGUUAAAGUCGAGCCAAAGCAUAUAGGAGUAGGCAUGUAUCAGCACGACCUUAAGAAGAAAACUUUAGACGAAGCACUCAAUGAAGUCGUUUCUGAAUGUGUCAGUUUUGUUGGUGUUGAUUUAAAUACUGCAUCACAGGCACUACUCAGACGGAUAGCAGGGCUCACAGAAAAACGUGCUAGCGAAAUAAUCAAAUAUAGAGAAAAUAACGGACCGUUCGUUGCUCGUAUUCAACUGAAAGAAGUUUCCGGCAUUGGCCCCAAAGCAUUUGAACAAUGCGCCGGUUUCUUACGGGUCGGUCCGACUAAUGCCUCGUCGAUAGAAGAUUUCUACAAAAAUCCAAAAACCACCAAGCUCGAUCAAACGUACAUCCAUCCCGAAUCCUAUGACAUAGCGAAGAACCUGCUAAAAUAUUUAAAACUGAAAAUCAUCGAUAUUGGAGAACAAAACUUUAUAAAUCGAAUCAGAUCCGCUCAAAGUGAGUUUCAGCAACUUCAAGAAAAAUUGAACGCUAGUAGAGAAACUCUAAAUCUCAUUUUCGAGGCUUAUUCGAAACCUUUGAAUUACGAUCUUAGAACGGAAGUUUCGCAAACGGCCUAUUUUACUACCGGUCUGAAAGACUUGAACGACUUAAAUGUGGGAAGCAAGGUCAUGGGCAGGGUGAAAAAUGUUACGCAUUUCGGAUGUUUCGUUGAUAUAGGGAUGGGAAAAGACGCUUUAAUUCAUUCUAGUAAAUUGAAAUCGAUUAAUUUACAAGUUGGAGACCGAAUGGAAGGUGUUGUGUGUAUGUUAGAUAAAGAAAGAGGACGAAUCAAUGUAGAACCAACGAUGAAAUUGUAA